AUGGCUCAAAUCAGAGGGACGGCAGGAUACCACCUGGGCUCGCAGCCCUCUUUUGGCGGUCCCGGACGACCAGACGCCACCAAUGAUCCCAGUCCGCUGGAUGCUAUUCGCGAACAGACGAGCAAGAUUGAAGACUGGCUCGACACCUUGUCACAUCCCGUCAAGCCUUAUAUCCCUGCCAUUGGCCGUUUCCUCAUCGUCGUCACCUUCCUCGAAGAUGCCCUGCGCAUCAUCACCCAAUGGAGCGACCAGCUCACCUACCUGCACGACUACAGACACAGUACGUCCCUCAUAUGCUUCUGA